AUGCCGCCGCGAAGCCGCGCGGUGGCCGCCGCCGCCGCCGUGCUCCUCCUCCUCCUCGUCGCGGCAGCAUCGUCGGACGCCGCGCAGCACAGCCAGAGCCAGGAUGGUGACCGGAGCUACUACGGCUGGGUGGCGCGGGGGGAGGAGGAGGAGGGGGAGGAGUACUGCGCGGCCGGCGAGGCGGCGGCGGCGGGGACGAGGAGGAGGAGGCUGCAGGGCGGCGGGUACAUCAGCUACGACGCGAUGCGACGCAACUCGGUGCCGUGCUCGUACCGCGGCGCGUCCUACUACAACUGCCGCCCCGGCGGCCAGGCCAACCCCUACUCCCGCGGCUGCUCCUCCAUCGCCCAGUGCAGAGGCUAGCUCGCCCGCUCUCGCCGUCGCCGGCUCAUGGCGGCCGGCGCCGCCGCCAUUGUCGAUCCAUUGCUGGUUCAGUUCUUGCAACAUGCUUCUUUUUUUUUUCUUUUUCUUUUCUUCUUCCUUCCAUGCCCACUUAAUUUAUACCUGAGUUGAGAGAUUCGUUAGGUUGAGCUGAAAUUGGAGCAAGCUUUCUUGAUCCAUACUGAUUUCCUUUUUUUUCCCUGUAAUUGGCAUUGGUAAUUAAUCCUGAUCCGAUCCAUUUGUGCUAAAUGCUGCUCAUAGUCAUAGUCAUAGCUAAGCUACAGCUCCAUCACC